AUGAUCGAGCAAACAAGUACACCGCCUUUGUACUCGAACCUCCAGCCACCAAAACGCGAAAAUGACACCAGAGCAUCAUCGCCGCCUGAGCCAAAGCGACCGCGCUUAUCUCCACCUUUGCCUGUCACCACCCAACAGCCCGCCGGCCCUUCACCAAGAAAUACUGUCCCUGCAAUAUCGAAUACAUCAACUUCUAACACAAUCAUCGUAAUGGACAUCGGCACAGAUGAGCCUAGCGCACCUGUCAACAAGACCAGCACCAACAUCAAGAAGCCAAGCCCGAAUGCAAACACCGCUGUCUCAUCUUCAUCCCAUUCACCCAAACCGGCUCGUCCCAAAGAGACCCAGGUUGCUAUCUCCUCAGGCAGCGGUCUUCUAUCUGGCUCAAUCUUCGGCGGUGGCAUUGACAGUACCGGACCAGAGAAGACUGCGCCAACAGUCGUUCUUAAUGUGCCUCUCACUGGCGAAAAUCAAUACGUCAAUUUCACUCGCUUGGCCGAAGAACGAUACGGCUUCAACGCGCUGCAUCCCCGCCUGGCAGCGCAGCGCGAACGACUUGCUCGAGUUGCUGCAGCGGGCGCUGCUCUCGAGAACGCCAAUAAGAGUGGUGGUAACUCCGGCUCGGGCGACGAAAUGUCUGUCGAUCUCUCCGACGGGGAAGCUGACAAUAGCAAUGUCGAAAUGGGAGGAGUGAAUGAUGGCGAGAGGAUACAGAGAUCUGGGGAGGAGACUGGUGAAGGCGGUGUGGUGAAGAAGCCGAGGAAGAGGACGAUGAAGGAAGACAUGUACGACAAGGAAGAUGACUUCAUCGACGACACGGAGAUGAUUUGGGAGGAGCAAGCUGCUGCUAGUAAGGACGGAUUCUUCGUGUAUAGUGGUCCUUUGGUUCCUCCGGGACAAGAGCCUCAGGUUGAGAGAGCCGAUGGCCCACCGAAACGUGGUCGCGGUACUGGACGUGGGCGAGGAGGGGCUGCGAGAGGCGCUGCGAGAGCAGCUGCGAACCCCAAAGACGGAGCGAAAGCGCCAGGGCGAAAGCCACGUGUUACUAAAGCGGCCAAAGAGCAAAUGGAGAGAGAGAAGGCUCAGAAAGAGAGCAGCCUGGCUGUCCUUGCAUCGAAGCCUGCGCUUACACUUGCUCCGGCUUGA